AAGAUUUAUAUUGGCGGAUCAGAGACAUGGCCAACUAAAUGAGGUUCAGGGGCAUUAAAAUCAGGUCUAACAUGAGCCGCGUCUAAGUACAUCCUAAAUUAAUCAGAAUUCAACGAAUCAUCGUUGGCCAUAAGUGUUAGCUUGCCGAAAGCUUAUUAGUUGUCUUGAUCGAAGUUUUAGAACUUUUCUGCGGUAUGACGGACCUUGCGGAGUGCCCCAAUUCCUUAACUCUAGAUCAUUGUGUUACACCGUAAAACCUUAAAAGCAUUUUCAUAAAACUUUCAAAAUUCUAGCUUGAUUUUUAUCAAAAUAAUCCCUUUAUCUUUAGGUAUCAAUCUUUAACUUAUUUAAUCAAACCUUAUUUAGGUUUCGGAUUGCCGCGCGUCAUUGCGCAGAUUUUCAUAAUUACCCGAUUAAGGAAAGAUUGUGAGCUGGAAAAGGAAAAUGUCUUAAUACGAUCGUGGGGCGUAAGCUAGGAUUCAAAACAUGCUGUGACCUCGUUUCACAUCUUCUUCUAAACGUUUAUUGAGAACCCUAAAAAUGAAAAUUUCAUCAAUCCUGCUCGGCAUUCAAAUGGGUGCAUGUGCCGUUAACGCCGCAUACCUCAAACAAAUCGGCCGUCAUGGGUCAUCGAUCACUACUACUCGUAAUCAGGCACGAGCAGAUGUUGAUCAGAGCUGUGAUCCGCAUAAAGAUGAACUAGUCCAAGCUAUGGAUGAAGCUGAAACACUUCUAUCCAUCGCUAAAUAUCAUUCAAACGAUGCAAAUUUAGUAGCGAAAUACUUCGGUAAUUUUGAAAACCAACAGCCAAACCCAGUUGAGACUAUACAGGCCAUGAGCUUAUAUGAUGCAAGUUACGCCAACGCCGGCCAACCGCGCGAGAGCUGCAACGAUCCGCUACAGUACUGCGAGGAAGGCGUGAUAGCCUACUCGGCGAUGGAUCAAGAUGUCAUCAAUUUUUGCACUGACUUUUGGAACUACGUAUCAUUGGAUGAAAUAUGUAACACUGUUGAAGCUGAUAAAGGAUGGGUGAAAGCUGGUAUAAUUGUUCAUGAGUUGUCACAUCAAGUUGCGAAUACAGCAGAUAUCUGCUAUGGUAUGGACUGUACAUUGGACUUGGCAGCUAACAACGCUACUGCUGCUAUAAACAACGCUGACAACUAUCAUUUCUUUGCUUUAGCUUCCUACGCAUUAAACACCACUGGAGAUGCUGAAUGUUCAGCUACUGAGAUACCGUAGAAAACCAGCAAGGAAGACGAUACCUGGAUAAUCUACAUUCAAGAUUCUAAUACUUAUUUAUUGCAUUUUUACUGGAUUAUUGUUAAAUAGCAUUCAUUAUAUUUUAUCCUG